AUUGGGUGUUGUAAUUAGGGUUUCGGGCUGUGGGGGUGGGAUCGGGCGUUGCAAUUAGGGUUUGGGUUGUGGUUGUGCCUGAGGAAGAGGGAGAAGGAUGCAUAUGAUGCGGCGGCUUAAGAGCAUUGCGUCCGGGCGAUCCUCCGUAUCCGAUCCCGGUGGAGACUGUGGCUCCAAAAGAGCAAAGGUCGAUCAAGAUGGCGCAGGGGACAUUCUAAUUGAACCGCAUUUGGUCGAGGACAAAUUUACUGUUGUAGACCGAUCAUCAAGUCAUUUGAGUACUGAGGCAAGCACGUCAGGCGUUGAUCAGCUUCCAAACGAAAUGAAUGAGAUGAAAAUAAGAGAUGAUAAAGUUAACGACCACAAGGAGAAGGAAAUUGAGGGCACAAUGGUGAAUGGAAAUGUAGCAGAAGCAGGUCAGAUAAUUGCAACAACAAUAGGCGGUCGGAAUGGGCAGCCGAAACAGACAAUCUCAUAUAUGGCAGAGCGUGUGGUCGGGACUGGCUCAUUUGGUGUAGUCUUUCAGGCUAAGUGCGUGGAGUCUGGGGAAACUGUUGCUAUCAAGAAGGUGCUACAGGAUAAGAGAUAUAAGAACAGGGAACUCCAAAUUAUGCAAUUGCUCAACCAUCCUAAUGUAGUUCAUCUUAAACAUUAUUUCUUUUCAACCACUAACAAAGAUGAACUCUACCUCAACCUGGUACUUGAAUAUGUUUCUGAGACUGUUUAUCACGUUGCAAAGUACUACAACCGAAUGAACCAGAAUGUGCCUCUUAUACUCGUUCAGUUAUAUACAUACCAGAUUUGCCGUGGACUUGCUUACAUUCAUCGUGUCGUCGGUGUAUGUCAUCGUGAUAUUAAACCCCAAAAUUUGUUGGUCAAUCCCCACACUCAUCAAGUUAAACUUUGUGAUUUUGGAAGUGCCAAGAAGUUGGUUCCAGGAGAGCCUAACAUAUCUUAUAUUUGCUCGCGGUACUAUAGAGCUCCCGAGCUUAUCUUUGGAGCUACAGAAUAUACCACAGCGAUUGAUAUGUGGUCUGUUGGUUGUGUCUUAGCUGAGCUCCUCAUAAGACAGCCUUUAUUCCCUGGAGAAAGUGGGGUUGAUCAACUGGUGGAAAUCAUCAAGAUUUUGGGUACCCCGACACGAGAAGAGAUUAAAUGUAUGAAUCCAAACUACACGGAGUUCAAAUUUCCACAGAUCAAAGCUCACCCGUGGCACAAGCUUUUUCACAAACGUAUGCCUCCUGAAGCUGUUGAUCUUGUUUCAAGGCUACUCCAAUACUCUCCUAAUUUGCGCUGCACUGCUCUGGAGGCCUGUGCUCAUCCAUUCUUCGACGAGUUGAGAGAUCCCAGCACCCGCCUGCCAAAUGGACGACCCCUUCCCCCUCUAUUUAACUUCACAAGUGAAGAGCUUGAAGGCACCUCUCCUGAGUUAAUACAACGGCUUAUUCCCGAGCACAUGAGGAAAUGAAUACAAAUAGAAGCAGCACCUAAUUUUGGUAUAAUAUGGAAUGUGCGAACUGUAACAAUUUAGAGCACGGAGCCGCGAGGUGAUACUUCUUUGAGUCUCGACCAAAGAUCAGAGCUCCAUCUCGAAGGUAAAUCUCUAUCAGGUGGCUUCAUUGGGCAUUACUGGAGGGAAGUAAUGUCCUCUCUACCCUUCUUAAUGUUAAAUUUGUUUACUCUGUUAAAUAGUUCUAAUGGCAGCUGUAAUUUCGGGAGAAUUCCAAGCUCAACAAUGUUGUCUUUACUUUAAAUAUGUAGGGAUUUUGUGUUUGAGGAUUCCAAAGUUGGGCAGGCUUCUAAGUUAAUCGGAUUUCCCUGUGUUUUUAAAGCAUAAUUAGGCCAAAUUAUUUUGGAUUUGAGGUGAUGAGACGAGUUGAGCUGUAGUGCGUUUGGAAGCAUGGAGGUUUCCAUGCUUUCACUCUGUUUUCAAUAAUGGCGCAUUCGAAUCGAAUGUCGGAGCGGUUAGAUAUGAUGUACACUGGUAAAAGUAUCUAGAAAUCAAAUAUCAUUGUUUUUUUUGGAUUU